GACACGCUCAGUACUAAGCCCAACGUAGAGAAAAUGUUGAGCUGAUGUAGGCGCCAUGAUCGUGAAGUAGUUUCUGUGAGGAUCGUCUAACAAUUUUGCGUUUGUAGCGACUGGAGCAACUGAAGUGGACGUAAACUAAAGGAAAUUUCAGUAGUUUAACAUUAAGAUAUUAGUUAUUUUCCCGUGUCUUCAGGCAACAGUGUCUGUCUUCUCUAUUCGUCUCCAAAGCACUUGGCCUCAUACCCUUUGUCAGUCAUUACCCCUCAUCAACCUAUCAUGGAGGGAUGGUGGAAAGAAGGGGGCUGAUGAGAUGAGAAACGGUUGGCUCAGCUGAAGUUGCACGUUGUUGUUUGACAAUCAACAAUUGUUUUACAGAGUGAGUACCAGCAAGCAAAUGUUCUGAUGUGAGAAACAUGGCAGCAAGUGACAAUAUGUCUUCCAUAGAGGGAGGAGAUGGUCUAGAUCUUCCUACCCCUAACGUGAAUGAUGAAGUGGGUGAAGAACCCAUGGAGGGAACAAUUCAAGAGGAGGGUGAAGCUGUGUCGGAGUCUCCCAUCCCUCACAGCCCCACCUUGAAGGAGUCUCCGGAGGGGAAGGAUGGACAGUCGAGAAAACACCGAAACAGCUCAGAGCACCGACAUCACCACCGGAGGCACCACCACAGUAGUGGACGCCGGCGCCACAAGAGGUCUACAAGUUACGAGGAGAACCCUGAGGAGUUUGAGGGGUCGGAUGAAGAGCAGCGUGGUCUUGAGCGACUUCGCUCGGACAGUGCCAGUGAGUCUCAGCUGGAUCAGGCAGUGACUGAAAAAAGUGAAAAAAGUUCUCGUAGGAAGCACCACAGCAAGAGAAAGUCUAGUCGCAGCAGUAAUUCUCAGUCUCGACGGUCUCAUCGUGGUGCGGAUUAUUUAUCGGACAUGAAGGAGCCUCCUGGAGUGACUUCCUUUGGGAAUGAAGAGGGUCAAUAUUCAGGGAGGAGUACAUCGAAGUCAAAGAAAGAGUCACCCGGCUCUGCUGUUUCUUUAGAUGAGAGUGGUGAGGCGGAGGAUGGGGAGAUCUUAGAGGAUGGUGAGCUCGAUGAUGAUGAUGAUGACGAUGGCACCGAGCAAAUGGGAGGGGUCUAUGAAAAUCCAGGAGACCUGUCUGACGCUGUCAGACAAGAUGAAAGAGUGUCUCCGUCAAAGUCUUCCAGUAAAGAGGAGAAUCGAAGUGAAAAAAUGGACAGAAAGCGCUCUGAGCACAAGGACAGAAAGAAAAAAGAUGAGAAGGGGAAAAGAAAGAAGUAUGUGGACGUUGAUGGAGUGGAGGGAGAUAAAUCCAUACCUGCCUGGGGUUCGGGUUUUCAGGGGGCACGGCCUAAAGGUUCUAUGUAUGAGAACAAGCCCAAGGGUGGCAAACAGUAUAAUCGCCAUGGGCGCAGUGCGAAUCGACACCACAGUCCACCGGGCCUGUAUGACAGUCCGUCAUACUCUGAGGAUUCAGAGGAGGAUAUGCCUAAGUCUAUGAUUCCUGAUGGAUAUGUUGAUGCUUCAGUCGCCGCUGAUGAAAAAGAGGGUAUUUUCAAGAGCAAUGUGAGUCUCCGUAAGAAGAAAGACAAACACUUUGAGUACAGAAAGAGAGGCAGGGACCCUAGUUCAGGGAAAAUGGAUGGACCUCCAAAGAAAAAGGCUUUGAACGACUUGGCAAUGUCUGAAAGGCCAGUGUGCAAGUUUUACAUGGAAGGAAAGUGUGCAAAGGGAACUGGAUGUCAGUUUAAUCACGAUGUGGAACGUCCCAAACGCAUGGAAGUGUGCAUGUACCACUUGACGGUGAAGGGCUGUCACAAGGAGCAAUGCCAAUAUAUGCAUGAGGACUUCCCUUGUAAAUACUACCACACGGGGGCCAAGUGCUACUCUGGUGACAGGUGCAAGUUUUCCCAUGAUCCUCUCACAGAGGAGACUAGGAGAGCCCUGGAGAUGAGAGUGGCUGCGGAAGACAUCAUUGAUAUGGAUGACCCCGACUAUGGCUACGACUAUCGUGACGACUACGGCCCCCAUGAUCACGGAGGUGUAGGCAGACCCAGUCUCUUAGGAUCCCCACCCCAGAGACAUAGACGAGACAGAGGAGAUGGGAAGAAGAUCCCGUCCUUAUUUGAGAUUGAAGUGCACCCACCUGGGCAGUCCCCAAAACCAUCCCCUCAAGCAAGGCCGUCUGGUUUCUAUAACGAGACCAACUCAUCGCCUCAGCCAGGAAGUGGUGGCGUAGGGGGUCAAGGGCCAGGACCAAACCCUCCAGGGGGCGGAGGAGCCCCGAUGAACAAUCCCAACAUGGGGAUGGCCAACAACGGCGGGCCGGGAGGACCCAACAUGCCGGGUCAGCAACAACAACAACAGCAACAACCGGGCAUGAUCAACAGCAGUGCUGGUAGCAACCCAAACAUGGGUGGUCCCGGCUUGCUCCAGGCUCCAAUGGGAAGAGGGCCCAACAAUGGCGGCAUGAUGGGAGGGCCCAACAACAGCAUGAUGGGAGGCCCUGGCAAUAAUGCCGGCAACAUGAUGGGUGGCCCGAACAACAGCAACAACAUGAUGGGCGGCCCGAACAACAGCAAUAUGAUGGGUGGCCCGAAUAACAGCAACAAUAUGAUGGGUGGCCCGAAUAACAGCAACAAUAUGAUGGGCGGCCCAAAUAACAGCAACAAUAUGAUGGGCGGCCCGAAUAACAGCAUGAUGGGUGGCCCGAAUAACAACAACAAUAUGAUGGGCGGCCCAAACAACAAUAUGAUGGGCGGCCCAAAUAAUAACAUGAUGGGUGGUCCGAAUAACAAUAAUAUGAUGGGCGGCCCAAACAACGGUAACAUGAUGGGUGGCAAUCGCCCCAACAUGAUGGGCCAGGGCAUGCCGCAGAGACCCCAGCAGAGGCCUGGUGGAGGUCCUGCUGUGCAGUUCAUGACUCCGGGCAGCAAUCAGCAGCAGCAGCAGCAACAACCGCAGCAGGGGGGACAGCUCCCUCCGGUGCUCAACAUGCUGGGAGCCAUCAUACGCGAGGCAGCCAAUACCAUGCAGAAGGGCUCGUCGGGACCGAUGGGGAACAUGAACUACAACAACAACAGCAGCAACAGCAACAACAACAUGGGUCCUGGUGGCCCCAACAACAUGAGGCCUCGUAUGAUGGGGAAUGGAGGAGUGCCUCCAAACAGUAUGGGUAUGGGACCCGGUGGGAUGAACCAGGGUAUGGGGCCGAACAAUAUGGGUCAGGGGAUGGGUCCCAUGAACCAGAACAUGGGGCCUGGCAACAUGAACCAGGGCAUGGGUCCUGGAAAUGUGAACCAGGGCUUGGGCGCAGGUGGAUUGAACCAGAACAUGGGCCCAGGAGGCCCGAACCAAAAUAUGGGCCCCGGAGGCAUGAACCAGAAUAUGGGUCCUGGCAAUAUGAACAGGAACAUGGGACCUGGUGGCAUGAACCAAAACAUGGCUCCUGGGGGAAUGAAUCAGGGUAUGGGUCCCGCUGGUAUGAACCAGAAUGUGGGUCCUGGAGGCAUGAACCAAAACAUGGUUCCUGGGAGCACGAUACUUCCACCCUCCGAACCCGGUAGUGCUACUGCAACCAGUACUAACAACAGUAUGGGAGGUCCCAGACCCCCGCCGGUGUCUGCAGGACAGGAGGUGGGUUUCAUGGAUAUGGACUACAGGAUCAAGCCGGACUUUGAUGGGGACGGGAGAGUGGAACAGCGUAUGAAUACGGGAGAGACGAAUGAGAUGGGAGACACCGACCACAGGGUGAAGGAGAAGGAGGUGACCGAGGAAGAUGAGGAUGAUGAGGAGAACAGCAAGGAUCUAAAAGAGCUGGAUAAGAUUCGGCAGCAGAUUCAGGCGCAGAUUGAUAACGCUUCAGAUGGAGAGGAGGAGGAGGAGGAAGAAGGAGAGAACGAGGAUGAAGAGAUGGCGGAGGAUGGCUCUGUCUUACCUAAGAAGGAAGAGCUGAGCCCGGAGAGGAUGGACGAGUCUGGUCAAGAAAUAAAAGAUGAGAAAGCGGCAAUAAAAGCAGAAGUUGAGGCAGAGAUGGCCAACAUUGAGGUACCAGCACAUUUACCAAAGAAGCAACGAGAGCUGUUCAUAAGGAUUCAACAACAACAGUUGAUGCGGGAGAAGGAGAAAGAGAAACAGGAAGCUGCCAAGGCAGCAGAGGACUCUGAAGUGAAAGAGGAAGCAGCGGAUGAUUGGUACUCCAGUGAUGAGGAAGGAGACAAUCAGAAGGCGCCAAACUUGACAGAUGUCCUGAAGAAGCUGUCCAAAGAUACUCUGCCAGUAUCCAGCUCAGAAGGGUCUGUUGUCAAACAAGAAGUGCCUGACACUAGCUCAGCUUCAGCUGCUCCUGCCACGACCUCAACGGGCUCUAUGUUCAACAUCAUGCAAAUGAUCAAUGCCAUCAAAAAGCAGAGUAGCACCUCCUCUGCCAAGCUCCCUACGGACACUAUUACUUCUACUCAGGCUCCCGGCUCUCCAAAAAGUCCUACUGACAGCGAAGGAAAGCCAUUUCAGUUGCCAUCAGCAUUAUUGCAACAGCUUCCAGCAUUGACUGUGGACCCUCCAGUGGUCAGUGCCCGUCCUCUAAAUCCGCUCAAGUAUGCCGUUGUGAAAAUUGCUUUGAAUAUGCCUAAGCCGUACACACAACUUCCCAAGGGGGUCAAUGCCUCUGACCCCUCGUACAAGAGUGACCCCAGGGUCAAAUGGUAUCUGCAGUAUCUGGAGAAACAGCUUCAGUCCGCACCCAAAGAAGUGGUGAGGCGGCCUAGCGUCGAUACGGAAAAACCCAGCAAGCCUGUGGACCCUCGCCUGAAGAAAGUCCCCACCGACCCCAGGCUAGCCAAAGCGGCUGCAGACUCAGGUUCAGGUGAUGUGUCUCGACCGACGGACCCGCGUCUUCAACGAGCCCAGGCGCAAGGCAGGCCCACCGAUCCUCGGCUGGCACGCCAGGCCGGGGCGAACCUCGACCCCCGGCUCAAUCGUCAGAACAGUCAGGAUCCCAUGGGCAAUAUGGGGAUGAUGGGCGGUCAGAUGUCCAGCCCGAUGGCUGGCUCGGGCGGAGUAAUGAACACCGGUGGCAUGGGCAUGGGAGGUCCCAUGAACAACAUGAACUCCAUGGGCAACAUGAUGGGCGGCAUGCCGAACAGCAUGGCUGGGGGCAUGAACAGCGGCAUGAACAACAUGGGCAGACCCAUGAACAAUCAGAUGGGCGGCCCCAUGAACAACCCGAUGGGUGGCCCAGGCAUGAUGGGUGGCCCUGGACCCAUGAACAACCCCAUGGGCGGUCCUGGACCCAUGAACAACCAGAGGGGCAGUCCAGCUAUGAACAACCAAAUGGGUGGUCCUGCCAUGAACAACCCUAUGGGUGGUGGUUCCAUGAACAACAUGAUGGGUGGUGGACCUAUGAAUGUCAUGAAAUCCAGGAUGAACAAUCCUAUGCGACCUUUCCAAGGCGGACCUGUGAAUGCCCCAAUGGGUGGUCCCAUGGGUAAUAAUAUGAACAGGAUGGGCAAUCCCAUGAACCCCAUGGGAGGUCCCAUGAAUGCUAUGGGAGGUCCCAUUGGUGGAAACCAGAACAUGAAUCGUAUGGGAGGGCCUCAAGGCCCAGGUGGUGGAAUGGGUGGCCCCGGUCCCGUGGGGCCACAAGGCAUAAUGGGAAGUGAUUCAGGAGACCGGCGGAUGGCUGGAGAUUUCCACAACCCGUCUGACCCAAGACUGGGAGGUGGCCAGAGACCGCCGAAUGACCCACGAGUCAAAAUCAAAGCUUCGGAACCGAAUAAGAAUGAUCCCCGAACAAAUAGGAGAGACCCACGCAUGGGCCCUGUUAGUAUGGACGAAAGUGAUUCGGAUAUCAGAAUGCUCUCGAGUGAUCCUAGCAGUGGGUCAAAGUCAAAUAAUCUACAGAGGCCGGGUGGCAGCUUCAGCAAUAGUUCAAAGGACUUUAGCCAGUCUGGCAACUUCCCCCCUCCUCCUCUCCCGGAUCCCAUGAUGGAUCUUCCUAUAGGAGACGCUGAUCUCCGACUGGGUCUUGGCACCCCACCUACCUCCUCGUCUUCUUCCACCCCACCGCCAGACUCCAUGCAAGACUUUGACUCAGAUCUUCCAAAACCUGCUCAGAAGUUUGACCAUCGCAAUGAUCCUCGCUUCAAGCGGGUGAAACGUUCUACCAGCCAGCUCAAGAACUCUGUGGAGUAUAACUCUCCUCUGGGCAGUGCGGAAGAAGUCAUGGUCAGUGAAGAAGGUGAUGGCUCACAGUUCAGUAACUACAACAAACCCCGAUUCCCCCCAGGGAAAGAUCCCCGCUCAAGGAAUGUCCCUAGCCCUUCCCUUCCCGACACAUUACAUGACUUUGAGGCCCAGGGCCCACCACCUCCUAUGGAGGCUGAACCGGCUUUGAAAGUCAAAGAUUUAUUUAAGACCAUCGAUCCUACUGCAUCUCCAUUUUGUUGACACGAGAUGAUCCCACCAGUUUGUUUAUUGUGUACCUAACGGCAUGUGUUUUUUGUUUUUUUUUAAAUCAUUCACUCUUGUAGUAUUAUUUUGUUCAUAAACGUUAUUGUUUUCCCUGCUGAUCUCAUAUGUGCUCGUUGUGAGACUUAGUAUGGAACCACGCCAAUGAAACAUUUUGAUUAUAAAUUGAAAUACA